AUGCUGGUGCAGCUUCCGCUUCCAAAAAAGUGCGGGGUUAUUUACUUUCGAUGCGGGGUAGCUCUGAGUUUGGUCGUGGUCUUUGACAUUGUUGACAACUUUCGCGAUGAAGGAAGAAUUGGCAACUAUGCGAACAAUAUAGAACAAAUCACUACUGUGAAGCCUUGGAAGUUCCCAUUGGCAAAACAAAACUACAAUCACGAGCAAAUGAUGGGCUGGAAGUUCACGGUAGACACAGUACGCACAGGACGCCUGUGCAGCGUCCGUCAGAUUGUUCGCUAUCAAUGGCAAAAGUCAAAAAUGAAUGUCGCAACAAGGGCUGCAAAUUGCCUCGUGGCGGAAUCGAACCGCCGAUCUUCUCAUAUCACUAUUACUAGUGAGACGCUAUACCACUUAGCCAACAAGGCUUGCCUCUACCCGACCGGAAUGCAAAAUAUGUUGGGCGACGAUGAGUGGGACGAUAGGUGGAAGUCGAGUGGGUUUAGAGAACUGGGGCCUGACAACUUGGCCCGGGAUAACCCAAUAUGGAUGGACACGCAGGCCGUGCGCAGAAGCGCUUGA